AUGACUUCAAUAACAUCAAAAGAUACGAAUUUUGCACUUGUCGGUAUACGAUUAGGUGCAAGUAAUAUAGUUAUUGCUUAUUUCAAAGAUGGUCGAAGUGAAACUAUUGUUAAUGAGUUAGGUGAUCGUGUUACACCAACAUUUAUUACAUUCAAUGAAGGAAAUGAUAUUUCUAUAGGACUUCCAUCAAAACAAAGUCUUGUACGUAAUCAACAUAAUACAAUAAUAUGGUCACCACAUUUUGUUGAAAAACAUGAUGAUAAUGAUGUUUUAUUAACAAAUUAUGAUCAAAAAUCUCCUAUAAAUGUUAUUGAAAAUGAAAAUCGUAUAGAAUUUUCUUUAACAAUUGAUGGUAAAACAAAAUUAAUUAAUCUUGAAACUGUUAUAAUUAAUCUAUUAAAUUAUGUUCGACAACUUGUUCAAGCUGUUACUGGUUCACGUGAAGUACAAGCUGUAUUAUCUGUACCUUAUAAAAUGACUCAAACAAAUAAUCAAGAUUUACUUCGAACUUGCAUGAAGAAAAGUGGUAUUGAACUUCAUUCAAUUAUAUCUGAUGCAUGUUCAGCUUGUUUGGCUUAUGAAUUAGAUAAAGAUAGUGGACAUAUUGAAAGUCAUGUUCUUGUUUAUCGUCUUGGUGGUUCAACAUAUGAAUGUUCAAUUAUUCGAACUAUUGGUGGUUGUUUUCAAACAAUAGCAUCAGUAAAUGGAUUUGAAAAUAGUGGUGAUGCUUUUACAGAUCUUAUUAUAGAUAUUAUUGCUGAUGAAUUUCAAAAAAAAAAUAAAAGUGAUCCAAGAUUAUCAUCAAGAUCAUUACUUAAACUUCGUGCUUGUUCUGAACAAGCUAAACAUGUUUUAUCAACAACAGCUGGUACUCAAUGUUCAAUUGAUGCAUUACAUGAUGGUAUUGAUCUUGAUUGUAAUAUUAGCAGACUUCGUUUUGAAGGUGCAGCAAAUUCAUUAAUUAAUAAUUGUUUAAAACCUAUCGAUGUUGUACUUGAUAAAACAGAAUUACAAGUUGAUGAUAUUAAAUUAAUUGUCUUAUGUGGUGGUGGUACAAAAAUUCCUAAAUUGCGUGAUGCUAUUCAAGAUAGAUUACCUAAUGCAGACAUGCUUUCAUCAAUCAAUGGUGAUGAAAUCAUUGCACUUGGUGCAGCAAGACAAUGUUAUAUUGAAAAUAAAUAUGCUAAAGUUCACUUGUCAACGGAUAUUAAUCAUUAUGAACGCGUUGGUGUACGUUAUUUUCGUUCACAUUUAAUAAUAACAGAUGAGCAAGCAGCUGAAAUAAGUGAUAGUGAUGUUGAUGAUAAUGAUGAUGAAAAAGAAAAUGAUCAAUUCGAUAUUGAUUGGAAUAAACAUGAACCUUAUUUACGUAAACUUGAUUUAAGUGAUUGGAAAAAUCAAGAUCAUUAUAAAGUAUUAGGUUUAUCAAAAUUACGUUAUAAAGCAACACAAAAACAAGUACGUAAUGCACAUAAAUUAAUGAUAUUACGUUAUCAUCCUGAUAAAUCUAAACGUCUUGAAAGUGAACGUUUUUCAUUAAUAACUCAUGCAUUUGAACUUCUGUCAAAUCCAACAUUAAGACGAUCAUAUGAUAGUAUUGAUCCUAAAUUUGAUGAUUCAAUACCAAAUCCAACAACAGCUGACAAUUUUUAUGAACUAUUUGGACCAGUUUUUGAACGUAAUGCACGCUGGUCUGUACAUCAGCAUGUACCAUUAUUAGGAAAUGAUGAUGCUUCAUUUGAACAAGUGAAUAAAUUUUAUCGAUUUUGGUAUGAUUUUGUUUCUUGGCGAGAAUAUUCUUAUUUAGAUGAAGAAGAUAAAUCUCAAGGACAAGAUCGUGAUGAACGACGUUAUAUUGAAAAAUUAAAUCGUGCUGAAAGACAAAAACGUAAAAAAACUGAAAUAACACGUUUACGUACAUUAGUUGAUCGUGCUUAUGCACUUGAUCCACGUAUAAAAAGACAAAAAAAAGAAGAACAACAACGAAAAGAUGAUGAAAAAAUGCGUCGUAAACAAGAAAUUGAUAAAAGACGACAAGAACAAAAACAAAAAGAAACUGAUGAAGCAAAUCGUAUUGCCGAAGAAAAACAACGUGUAGAAGAAGAAGCAAAACGUAAACAAGAUGAAGCUAAACGUGAAAAAGACGCACAAAAAAAAUUAAUGAAGAAAGAAAAGAAACAAUUACGUGAUCUAUGUAAAGAAGCUAAUUAUUUCAAUGAUUCUGCUUCACCACCAAAUCUAAAACAAGUUGAACAAAUUGACACAUUGAUUGAAUAUCUUCCAAUUGAUGAUUUAAAAGCAUUAAAUGAAAAAUUAAAAGAAGAAAAUGCUGAUCCACGUUCAAUAAUUUUAUCUGAAAUUAAAAAAAUGGAUGAACAAAUACAACAAUCACGUUUAGAAUUAUCACAACAAUCAUCAUCAUCAUCAUUAACAUCAUCAUCAAAUUCAAAUUCAAAAUUCAAAUGGACAUCAGAUGAAAUUGAAUUACUUGUUAAAGCACUUCGCGUGUAUCCAGCUGGUGUACAAAAUCGUUGGUUAGUUGUACAAGAAUAUCUUAAACGUAGUGGUGGAAAUCCACUUCGUUCAGUGCAAGAUAUAAUGCAAAAAGCAAAAGAUAUAGCAAGUGGUAAAAAAGAAGUUGCAGAAACAAUAUCAUCAUUAGAUCAUAUUGCACUGAAUUCACAUAAACAAUCAACAUUAUUAGAAAAUCAAGCUAAACUUAAUCAAUUAACGCUUAGUGAACGUGAUUUAGAUACUCCAUUAACAACACCAUGGACAGUGGAUGAACAACGUAUAUUCGAACAAGCAUUAAGAACAUAUCCAGCAACAUUAGGUCCAUCACGAUGGGAUCAAAUAGCUGAAUGUUUACCGACAAGAAGUAAAAAAGAAUGUUUAGAACGUUAUAAAGAAUUAGCUAGAAUGGUUCAAGCUAAAAAAGCAACAAACAAAUCUUAA